AUGUCAGCUUACAAAUACCUGCUAAAAUUCAUAAUCAUCGGGGAUACAGGCGUGGGGAAAAGUUGCUUGCUGUUGCAAUUCACAGAUAAGCGCUUCCGCGCGAACCACGACCUCACCAUUGGUGUGGAAUUUGGAGCUCGCAUCAUCAGCAUUCAGGGUACUCCAAUUAAACUCCAAAUAUGGGAUACUGCUGGACAAGAGUCAUUUAGAUCAAUCACAAGAUCAUACUACAGAGGAGCGGCUGGCGCGCUGUUGGUUUACGAUAUCGGAAGGAGGGAAACGUUUGACCAUCUCAGUAAGUGGCUCCAAGAAGUACGUGACAAUUCAACUGUCUCUAUGUCAAUUAUCCUAAUAGGAAAUAAGAGCGACUUGUCAGCCAGGGAAGUGGAGUAUGAGGAGGGUAAGCGGUUUGCAGAUUCUAAUGGAUUAUUCUUUUUAGAAACAUCCGCCAAAUCAGCGUGCAAUGUGGAAAAGGCAUUUGUGUGCAUUGCUGAGGAAAUUUUGAGCAAGAUUGAACGGAAUAUUUUUGAUCUGGACAGUGAUUCACACGGGAUCAAGCGCGGUCCUAAUUACACCGGGCGACGAAGGAGUUCUAUAACACUAGGAAGAUUUAACAGAUUGACAAAUGUCCCUUCUAUGUUUAGCUCAUGUUGUAAUUGA